GGCAUCGGAGGCCUGGCUCACGAAAGCGCCUUAUCCAGAUCGGCUCCCGCGCAGAGGACGACGACGCGGGCCGGCCAUGGCGGCGUCCAUGUCCAAGCUGCUCACCCCACCGCGCUCGCACGCCGCCUCCACCUCGCGGCGCUGCCUCCCUCCCCGCGCGUUAGUGCCAUCCUUUAGUCGGAGCCCGCCAGGCCGUCGACUCGAGCCGCCGCCGCAAAGGUACCAAGAGCUGCUGCCCUGCGCAUGCAGUUUGUGGCCAAGCAGGCGCUUCGCCGCGAGCUGCGCCUCCGCGGACCACGCCGGAGCGACCGGCCUGGCCGGCGCCGCGGCUGAGGAGCGCGACGGCCUGCCGUUUGUCCGGCUGUCUUCAGACAUCCUACGCACAGAGCUGGGAUUGCUCAAGGACGACGCACACACCGCCGCUUCGUCUCUUCUCACAACACCGCCGGUUCUGCGAAAGGGAGGCGGCGACGAGGAUCGGCUCUUGGGAGAGACCCCUGCGUACCCAGCUGCCAUGAACGCUCUGUACGCGGCCUGCCUCGCCGGGAACGUGACCGAGCAGCUGUGGAACUUCACCUGGCCCGCCGCCAUGGCCACGCUCCACCCGAGCCUCCUUCCCGUUGCAGUCCUUGGAUUCUUCACAAAGCUGGUUGUAUUCGCGGCAGGCCCUCUGAUCGGUGAUCUCAUGAGCUCGCUCCCUCGGAUCCCGGCAUACCGAUCUCUCACUGUAAUUCAGAGCGCAGCGCAUUUGUUGUCGGCCGCGAUGAUCACGUACGCGUUCGCGCUUCCUCGAGCUUCCACGGCUCCGGCGCUGUUGCUGCAGCCGUGGUUCGCCGUGCUGGUGGCGUCCACGGCCGUCGACCGGCUCUCCUGCGUCUCGCUCGGUGUCAUCGCCGAGCGAGACCUCGUCGUGCAGCUAGCAGGGGCGGGCAGGCCGAUCGCGCUCGCACAAGCGAACGCGACGCUCAGCAGAGUCGAUCUCCUCUGCGAGACGGCAGGGGCGUCCAUCUUGGCUGUCCUGCUCUCCAGGAACGACCCGCUGACCUGCAUCAGGCUCUCCUGCGCCAUUUCGCUGUGCGCGCUGCCCCUUCUGUUUUUCCUUGGUGGUGCGAUGAAUCAUCUCGCUGACCGCAUCUUCGAUCACUCUACCUCGUGUCCAGUUGAGCUCUCUGAACAUGGGAGCCCGUGUUGUGAUACUGCGUUCCGCAUUGGUAGGAAAGUUGAAGAGUCCUUGGCUACCAUCAGGCGCGGCUGGAGCGAGUACAUCCGGCAGCCGGUCCUCCCGGCGAGCCUCGCCUACGUGCUCGUCUGCUUCAACGUCGCGCUCGCCCCCGGCGCUCUCAUGACCACGUUCCUGAUCCACCAUGGCGUGAGCGCGUCGGUGCUCGGUGCGUUCGGUGGGUCGUCGGCGCUGGUGGGGAUCCUCGCAACGUUCAUGACUCCAAACCUUGUCAAGGAGCUAAGCAUUCUGAAGGCCGGAGCAGCGGGAUUGAUCGCGCAGAGCGUCCUCCUCGGCGCGGCGGUCUUGGUCUACCUCUCCGGCCCCAUCUCACGGCGAGGAGGCGCCCUCUUCGCCUUCCUUGCAUUGAUCGUGGCGUCGAGGCUGGGGCACAUGGCGUACAGCGUCAUCGGGCUGCAGGUGGUGCAGACGGGGAACCCGAUUGGCAAGGCGAAGCUGAUCGGCGCGACGGAGAUCGCCGUGGCCAGCCUCGCCGAGCUCGCCAUGAUGGCCGUGGCCGUGGUCGCCAGGGACGCCGCGCACUUCGGCUUCCUGGCCACGCUCUCCGCGGCGUCCGUGGCCGCGGCCGCUUGCCUGUUCUGCGCAUGGCUGGCGAACCCCUCGGACGAGCUCCGGAGGCUCUUCCCAUGCUGAUGCAUGAGGAUAUGCAAAUUUUUGGUACCACCGCGUUUGGCUCUAUAUUUGUUGUUGGUUCAUGAACUCAUGCUCAUGUUGCUAAAAGCUAUCCCGAGUAGCGCACACUGUUACCGUUGAGAAAGCUCAUGUUCCACAUUAGCGCGUACAGUACUUUGGACUGCUUCAAAUACCAUAUUAAAUCUUAUAUUUA